GUCUGGUGAAGUGCUGGCGGCACUAAUGGCCUUCGUGCUGCUGUUCUUCAGUCGAGAUUGCUACCGGUGACCCUCCUAACGCCUCGUUAGAACAACGAUCCCGAAGCGCUGCGGUGCAUCGGCCAUCGUCUCUCGUGUCUGGACAAGUGGCGCCAGGCCAACCGGGCAACCUUUGAAGCUCCAGUACCCUGAACAAGAUGCCAGUAUUUCCCGACAGACAUUGCUGAAGUACCAUGGAAGGCCCGAGACGGCCCAAGGGGAAGCCCCGACGAAUCAGAGGACGAGGAUCUGGGCGACCACCUCACCUUGGGCCACCGACUGGCGCGAAUGCAAAUCCAUUAGAGGAGCUUCAUCAUCAGCAAUUCAGGACCGAGCCGCAGCAGAACUCACGUCCGUGUAAUCUGCAUUCAUGCGAACCACAUGUGCCACCCCGAUCUGAGCAGCAGUCGGUCGGCGAUUUCCAGGCUGUCGUGCCUCAUCCACCAUUCUGUGUAGAAACCCGAGAUUCUCCUUCAGCGUACCGCCGUCACGAACAAGUCUGUCUUCCGAACACACCUCAAUGUAUUCAAUAUCAACACGUGUACCGUGCCUUCGAGGCACAACAGAACAGACAGCGUUUCCAACAGCCACUUUUUCCUUGCGGCAACGUGCAUGCUGGACAUUACAGCUUGGCCCCGGAGCAACUUCUACACUGCCAGGAAGAACAGACGCAUCGUCAACACCUCACUGGACCGUAUACAGAAGCCAGACAUGUGCGGCAAGGUGCCUCGUAUCCGGGUGACGUCUAUUCCUGCCGAGAAGCACCUUUGGAUGCAAUGAGGAGGCAGACAAACGCGGAGGAGCUACGGCCUGGGCGGGCAUCAAGCUUUGACAAUGGGCGUCUGAGCGUGCCAUUCGCUGAGUCAGAAACAAGAAUUGCCGAAACAGCUUUGCCGCUUAUCGGUGAAAGGACAUGUGGAGACUACCAGUGGCCAGUGAGUCACCCAGCGUUAGCGCCUGAAGGUCCGGUAGAAAUCGUAGAGCCGAUGCAAUUGGGGAAGGAGCUGGAAUCAUUUGCUCAGGCAUGGCAGUUCGUUACAAACACUUGGUUGGCCCUUCUCGGAGAUCAGAUUUGUAAUGCGGACUCUUCGCCGACGUUGGAUCAGGUGCUGCGUAAGUUGGGGGUGCAUUUGGUGUUUGCAGAAUGCAGGGACGACUCACAUAAGUGGGAUAUCUGGCUGUCUCCCUGUCCUGUCACAUGUAGCUUUCGACAACAUUUGGAUCGCCAAACCCAGCUUUUGGACUCGGAGAAUCCGCAAUCGUCAGCCAAUCUCAGUGGCAGGCAAUAUGUAUACUCUCCUACACAUCUCCCUUCUCAGGACGAGCGCUGUGAAAUUAGCCCUCCCGAAGAGUCACUCGUCCGGAGAGAGAAUAUCCCAGAAGUUUUCAGAAGCGCUACAUCAUCAGGCAACGAGGAGCCGUCGUUGGCAGGUGACGUGGACGAAACGUUCCAGGAAAACAGCAGAGGACUUGCACCAGACAACUUUGGAAAACAAGAGGACCAAACGAUCGAGUCACGAAGUCGCGAUAUCAAGACCCAAAGAGUAGCGCUGCCGUGUCACAAUCCAGUAGUAGAUUGCAAGGUGUCGGAAAUAUCGGAACAGACAGGGAACGAAGCAGUCCUCACGACAGAAUCGUCUGAAGACAGUAGCCUCUCUGAAGAUAUGGAGUACCCUCCGUCAGUUCAUGAACUGCACACUGCGGCCCAGAGAAGCGCAGAUUGGCCACCUAGUUAUGAGAUAGCCCUGAAAACUAAGCAUUAUUCCCGAGUAACAGCACCACCAAGCGCAUACAACAAGAAAAGAGACAGUGAAUCUCCCGUUCCUGCAAAGUGCUUGCUCAAAUUUGAGCGACUUCCUUCGCGACAGCGUGCAACAACUGAUCACGUUCUGCAGGAGCGAUCUCCACUUGAAGGCGCUGUGUCGCCUCCGAUGACUAUGAUGGACGUGGAUGAAGAGACGCUCUCGAACAAUUCAGGAAGUCAGCCUACCACGACAGCCUCACCAAGAGCGUCGACUUCCCGUGAACAAACCGUGUCUGACAUACACGGGCAGACACACAUGAGACGAGAAUUCACUGAGGAAGGCCUGGGUUCUCAAGAAACCAGAGAAGGGGAGAAAUCUCGUGACAACGCCAGAAAGUCAAAAGAAAAGAAGAAAGUUACUGCGAGCACAGUUCCGGCCAAACAUACAUCAAAACCUGACUCGCCUGCCGAAAGGCCGCCGUCAGUGGCAAUGAAGCGUUCAGGAUCAGCAUGGGGACCCUCUAAAGAAGUGAGCAGAAAUGGGAGUCAGAGCACGGCUGAUCACCCUCUGCAAGUGAACUGGCGUCGGCUCUCUUCACAAGCGGGAACUCCUUCGUCACGUUCAGCUGCUGAACCCGUCUGUUCCGAACCAAGCAGCAGGCGAGUGCAGUCGGGCCCCAAUCCAGCCCAUGUUUCGCGCCGUGGAAAUGGUAACUCGAAUCCGGAGCCUACGAUGUCCUCGCAGCCACCUGAACAUUCUCAUAUGCAUCGCACAUCUUCAGGACCAAGUGGACAGCGAGAUGGUUCCAGCAACAACAGUCGGCUGCCAAACGAUCGGCAAACGGAAUCGCGAAGCAGAGCACCUAAGCCACUGUAUUCGGACAAAUGUCGCGCACCUCGGAAGUGACAAAACAGAAUCCAUAAUCAUUUCAACUAAACCAAAGUCGGCGGUGGUACCUAUGAAGAAUUGGCGAGUAGAACCACACAAGUAUUCACCCUUAUCACCAUAUACCAAUCUGUCCCUCAGUAUUGUGUACCGAACGACGCCAGGAAUAAUUUCAGCCCUGACAAAAAUGACAUACCAUCGAGAAUUAGCCCGUAGACGCCAGAACUUCAAAGCAGUUCACCCUUGUUCAAGAAACCAGGAAAACUUCGUUGCUGACCCCACCUCAUAUGCAGAAAUGACUUAUCUUUGUGGUUAACCACGCAGCACGUUGCUAACUUCCUCUGUUUCUCGGGAAAGGCUCACAAACUACUUGUUGGACUGCAGUAAGAAUGAAUUGUCUAACUUGGAAAAGACCGAAGACACCGCAACCUGCUAAAGAAGAGUUGGCCGAAAAAGCUAUGAAGACAUACGGUGAACACCCCUGUUUGCUAAAUAUGUCGAAGAGCUAGCUGAAGCAAGUGAUGUCUACCGUCUUU